AUGACAAGACGUGAUACACUAGAAGAUGAGACUGGUAAAAAACUUCCGGCAAUGACAGUUUUCUCGCUAUCUAUUGAGUACUUAAGAAAGGAAAUUGUUGAUACUCUAAGCAAUCAGAUUGUUGACAUAUUUAAUGUGUCUGAAAUUGGCUGGGUUCUGACUGUUCCAGCAAUAUGGAACGAUGCAGCUAAACAGUUUAUGAGGGAGGCAGCACAACAGGCUGGGAUUCCAGGAAAGAACCUUAGGUUAUGUCUUGAACCAGAAGCCGCAUCUAUUUUUUGUCGUCAUCUUCCGGUCUCAAAGAAUACCAAGCAAGAAGUUGAAUCCAUUUCCCAGUUUUCAUCAGGAACAAAGUAUCUUGUCCUUGACGCAGGAGGAGGAACAGUUGACAUGACUGUACAUGAAGUAACUGACAAUGGAAAUUUGAAAGAACUCUAUAAAGCAAGCGGUGGUGCAUUGGGAGGAACCAAAGUAGAUGAAGCAUUUGAAGCGUUUCUAUCAAGUAUUGUGGGACCGGUUGUCAUCUCAGAAUUCAAAAGUCAACAUUUAGAGGACUACAUUUUCAUUUUUCGUGAAUUUGAAAGCAAAAAACGCAAACCUGUUCCUCCUACAGGAUUCGUGACUAUCCGUUUGUCUACUUACCUUUUUAAGUUAUGUAAAAAAUUCAGAAAAAACGAUUUAAAGGACUUAUUACCACAGUCCGGAUAUGAAAGCAAAGUCAAGGUUUUACCAGAUAAGUUGAGACUCGAUAGUGACAUUUUCAAUGAGUUUUUUGAACCAACCGUUCGCGAAAUAAACAGUUAUGUUGACAAUCUGUUGACGGAAUCUUCAGUUGAUGGUUGUGCUGCCAUUCUUAUGGUUGGUGGAUUUUCUGAAUCAUCGGUGUUGCAAAAGUAUGUAAAGUCCACAUUCAAACAUCUACAAGUAAUCGUUCCAAACGAAGCAGACUUAGCAGUCUUAAAAGGAGCUGUCAUAUUUGGUCACAAACCUACAACAAUAACUGAGAGGAUAUGCAAGUAUACAUAUGGGUAUGAAACAACUCAUACGUACAGUGAUAGUUGCAAUCAUCCUAAAGGAAGAGUUGAAAAGGAUGAAAAUGGUGACUUAAGAUGUUAUGAUAUCUUUAUAACUCUUGUUAAAGCAGGACAGUCUGUCAAGGUAGAUGAAGAACAACCAAAAAAAAUAUGCACACCUAUUACCGAUGAUCAGACUGCUAUUGGCUUCAAUGUGUAUGCAUCCACUUCAACUAAUCCACAGUUUACAACCGAAGACGGAUGCAGUCUUAUUGGGCAAUUAAGGGUGCCUAUUUCUGACACAAGCUCUGGAAGAAACCAUGAAUUUGGAAUAAGUUUUAUUUGUGGAGGAACCGAGAUUGUUGUAAAAGUCGUUGACAAGGAGUCCGGUGAAAUGAUGCUAAAAUCUGUCGAUUUCCUGGGAUAGAAUAUAACCAAACUAAAUCAGAACACUAAAACAGACAUAUAUACUUUUUAUAGUUUAAUUUGUUUGGGAGUAAGAGUAAUCAUAUAUAAUGGAUACAUGUAGCAUUAUAUUUGUUUUGUUUUAUUGCUUGAAGCACAUUGCGUUACUAUCACAAUCCUUUCAUUAUAUAUCUAAAGAUUGCUUUUUGUAUAUU